AUGGAAGCCCAAAACGCCAUUAAUAAUGAAACAAGAAGUAGCUAUGAUCGAAUUUAUGAACUCAAGGUGUUUGAUGAAGGAAAACUUGGUGUUAAAAGGCUUAUAGAUGCUGGUAUACAAAAAGUUUCUAGCAUGUUUGUUAGACUGCUUGAGGAUCGUGAAAAAGAUUUUGAUACAUGUUCUAAAAAUAUAAGUGUGUCAAUAAUAAACUUUGCUGAUCUUGGUGAAAACAAUGAUCGAAUUGCUGAGAUUGCCAAGGAAAUAAUAAUGGCAUCAAAUGAGUGGGGAUUUUUUCAAGUUAUAAACCAUGGGAUCCCUAAUGAAUUGUUAGAAAGGAUGAUUAAGCGAACUCAAAUGUUUCAUGAACAAGAUGAUGAGUAUAAGAAGAAGUUCUACACUCGUGAUUUUCAUUCAAAGUCUGUGUACUUUACUAGCAACCAUGACUUGUAUAAGUCAAAGGCUGCAAGUUGGAAAGACAUUUUGUAUGUUAACGCUCGAAAAGCUGGUGGUGAAAUUGAUCCUGAAGAGUUACCUCUUGUAUGCAAGGAUGUGAUGUUGGAGUUUAUUGAUCGCAUCCAUAUGCUCGGUAAUCGCAUACUUAUGAUAAUAUCAAUCGGUCUAGGAAUUGAACCCGAUUGUCUUGGAAAUAUGGCAAAAGGUAAAAAAAGUUGGGCCAUAGCUAACAAUUAUUAUCCAGCAUGUCCACAACCAGAAUUGACCUUGGGAACUACUGCCCAUAUUGAUACUUCAUUUAUCACAAUACUCUUACAAGACAAUAUUGGUGGACUUCAAGUACUUCAUGAUAACAAAUGGGUUAAUAUUGAGCCUGUUACUGGUGGUUUGAUUGUUAACUUCGGAUCAAUACUUCAGAUGAUAACUAACGACGUAAUAAAAGCUGCAUGUCAUAGAGUGAUUGCUAAAAGUGUUGGACCAAGGAUCUCUAUUGCAUUCUUUUUCAGUGGUAUUAUGACAUCUGAGAAGAUACUUGGUCCAAUAAAGGAGCUAACAUCAAAAGAAAAUCCACCCAUUUAUAGGAAUUUCUCAAUUGAGGAAGCGAUAAUAAACUUGUUCUCAAAUUCACUUGAUGUAGUUGGGGCCAACCUCAAUUAUUUUAGAAUUCAACAUAACGGUAAAGACAAGUAA